AUGACUGUGCUCAACUUGCACCUGUACCUCACCGCCUUGGGCUUCUGGAUGACACAUCAGGGCAGCUCCUUCCUGCUGCCCAAUGCCACCGAGGUCCUGUCUCCCUCCGGGGACAGAGCUGUGGGCCUGCUGUGGGGCGUGGGGGUUCCCCGGGGCCGUCGGAAGCGAUACCUCUCCCACGGUGACAUGAGCAUGAUUUUGGACUAUCACAACCAAGUGCGGGCAGAGGUGUCUCCCCCCGCUGCCAACAUGGAGUAUAUGGUGUGGGAUGAGCGGCUGGCCAGGGCAGCGGAGGCCUGGGCUGCGCACUGCCUGUGGGACCACGGGCCCCCCCAGCUGAUGAAAUACAUGGGGCAGAACCUCUCCAUCCACUCAGGCAGGUAUCGCUCCAUUGUGGACAUGGUGAAGUCAUGGCACCAGGAGAAGCAGCACUACUCCUUCCCCCAUCCCCAUGAGUGCAACCCUCGCUGCCCCUCCAAAUGCAGCAGCUCUGUCUGCAGCCACUACACGCAGAUGGUGUGGGCAUCCUCCAGCCGCCUGGGCUGCGCCCUCAGUGCCUGCACCAACGUGCGGGUUUGGGGCAGCACAUGGCGACAUGCUGUCCUCCUCGUCUGCAACUACGCCAUCAAGGGCAACUGGCUGGGAGAAGCACCGUACAAGGCGGGGCAGCCGUGCUCAGCCUGCCCCCCUGCCUACGGCGGAGGCUGCUCCAACAACAUGUGCUUCACCGGACUCAAAUCCAACCAAGUCAGCUGGUUCUAG